AUGACUGCCAGCGAAAAAGAUGUUCCUAUUCAUGAAGAGUCCAUCCAAAAGGGACCGGACAUUUAUGAAGUUGAGGACAUCAAGGAUAAUGUUGACUUUACUAAAAUGGACAAAGCUGCAAGAAUUAUGCAUGACAAUGAAAUAAACCUUGAAGAAAUUGAUCCUAAAGAAAUUGAUCGAAUUACGCGCAAAGUCGACAUGAUGAUCUUGCCUUUCAUUUUUGUCUCUUAUGUUUUUUUCUAUGUUGACAAAACCACACUUUCUUAUGCUGCAAUUUUCGGUAUUACCAAGGAUCUGAAGCUUACUGGUGACAAGUACAGUUGGCUCUCUUCAGUAUUCUAUUUUGGCUUUUUAGUUUGGUCGGUGCCCUCAAAUUAUUUAAUGCUUAAAUUUCCAAUUGCAAAAUAUCUUGGUAUCAAUAUUUUUAUGUGGGGAGUUUUGCUCAUGAUUCAAGCUGCCUGCCCCAACUUUGCAACUUUGGUUGUUUUAAGAAUCCUUGGUGGCGCUGCUGAAUGUUGUGCUGAUCCUGCAUUUAUGCUAAUAACUGGCAUGUGGUAUACGCGUCGCCAGCAGCCUGUCCGUAUAGGUAUUUGGUUUAGUGCUACUGGCGUUGGUGUGGCUUUUGGUGGUCUUUUAGGCUAUGGUAUUGGCAAUAUCAAGGGGUCGCUUCCUUCUUGGAAAUAUGAAUUUCUUAUUAUUGGAGCUAUUUGUGCUUCAUGGGGCCUUAUUAUUUUCUUUUUCCUUCCCGACAGUCCUGUUACAACUAAAUAUUUGACUGAAGACGAGCGUGUUAUUCUCUUGACAAUUCUUAAAUCUAACCAGACAGGUAUUGAAAAUAAGACUCUAAAAUGGGACCAAGUUAAGGAAUGUCUUAUGGAUAUUAAAGUUUGGCUGCUUUUCUUUGGUGUUUUAGGUGCCAACGUACCAAAUGGUGGCUAUUCCAACUUCGGCACAAUCAUCAUUAAAGGCCUUGGUUUUUCAACACUUGGAACCACUUUACUGUCAAUUCCAUAUGGUGCCUCAAUUGCUUUAUCUAUUCUUCUUUGUGUUUAUUUGAAUAAUUUGGUAAGUAAAAAUGGGAGAAAUACUCGAGUCUUGCUUUUAGCCCUUUUUGUUUUACCAAACAUUGCUGGUACUUUUGGUCUUUAUUUCCUUCCUCAACACAGAAAAGGAGGUCGACUUGCAUGUUAUUACCUUACUGGUCCAGGUUAUGCAUCAUUUGUUCUUGUUCUUUCAUUAUUUUCAAGUAAUUUUGCUGGUCAUACUAAAAGAACUGUUGCAAAUACUAUCAUGUUUUUGGGAUACUGCAUUGGUAAUCUUAUUGGUCCGUUCUUCUAUCUUGAUUCUCAAAAGCCUAAGUACCCGCUUGGUAUUGGUUCGAUGCUAACUGGUACAAUGGUCAGCGCAGGAACAGGAAUAAUUCUAGGAUUUUAUUUAAGAUAUUGCAAUACCAAGCGAGACAAAGAACAGGGCGGAAGAACCGAUGAUCUUUCCAAUGCCUUUAAGGAUAUGACAGAUAUCCAAAACAAGAAUUUCAGAUACGUAUAUUAG